CCCAGGCAGCACAAAAAGUUUGGAAAGUCCUGACAUCCUGAACAUCGCUGAAUGCAGCCACAUGCUUUCCCGUGGAUUAUAAAAACCUGCUUUAUUCAAGCAAAAGCCGUCUUAUCUUAAAAACUGGAAUUGUCUGCUCUUCCGCUGCCACGGUCAUAUGCUGCCUUCCCGCUAGACAAGGACACUUCAACCACUGCCCGAGUGCCUUCGCUCCACAGAGACUCAGACUCAUCUUCAACCAUCACCUCAAACACAAAUCUUAGCAGAGAUGGAGGGUCAUGUGUUUGCCCUGCUUCUGUGCAUCACUGCUGCAGCCUCUGCCUCAAGUCAGACAUGUGAUCCAAAUUUGGAUAAUGACCACCCAUGGGACUAUGUGAGUGAGAAAAUUGGCUGUUGGACCAGCUUCGUCAGACAGGACAAGGCAGAGGUCCACAUCCUUAACGUAAACUUUGACGAGACGGAGACCAAGGUUUUCUCUCUGGAGAUGACCAAUGCCAGGCCCAUGAACCUCAUCCUCACGUCGUCAGACAAGGCUCACUGUCUACCAAAACUCAACACUGGGGUUAACAUUUAUGUACACAGUAACUCCAACAUUGUCCUAUAUAGCAAUCCAUCUGAGAACAACAUCCACCGCCAAGUUUUCCCCACUCAAGAAGAGGAGCUGGUCAGGUGGGCAACACAGGAGUUUGGGGGUGUGACUUCAUUCACCACAGUCCGAAAUCUGAAAGAAAUCUCAUCGACAGGAAUAGAUGGGACCAAACCUGGUACUCAUGACUGCAUACUUAAAAAUGAAGAUCCAUCAGAGAAGCACUUUAUGAAGAUUGAAAGAAUUUCUUUGUUCAAUUCCUGCUCUCCAAAGCCACAGAACCACAGGGAUGAAGCUGAGCUUCACAUCAUAAACAUCCGAGAGAAUGCCAACAUUCGCAAUGUAUCACUUCGCAUAGACAAGGAGAACACCAAUGUAUUCCUGAGAGGACCUAAUGGGACCAAAUGGAUCUUCAUCAACCCAACUCACACCCGCUUUGGAUCUAACAAUGAAAUCCUGCUGCUGACCACCGGGACACAAAGAGUGCCUCCUCCUUUAACACUGAAUAGUGACAAUGCAAAGGAGGUACAAAGGAGGGCUUUAGAAUAUUUUAAAGUCAGUACUUUCACCAGCUAUACUGAAUUCAUACCAUCGGACUCUAUGAUUUUACUGGUUCUUGGAAAAAAAGAAAACACUGCAGUUACAGACAUUCCCAUUACAACUAAUGCCCCUAAUCAGAUGCCUCUGCUGAUGCAGCUGUACACCUCCCCAGACUACCGUUCUCCCCUGGACCCUAACACCAAGGUGCAGAGUGACAAGAGAAUUUAUGCAGAGAUUUCAGGGCACAUAUUUGGGGAUUUUGUCUUGACCAUCAAGGUGAUUCGCUGCUUUGUGCACUCCGAAGGCUCAUGCCCGGCUCGGAAAGAGCUGCCCUUCAUACCAGAGGCCUGCUUCUUAAAUUCUUGUCCCAACAGCACCCGACUCAGCUUCUCCUUAGAUCAGCUCCAAGGGCUGACUUCCACUACAUGGGACCUGGAAUGCUCUGUGAAACUUUGCUACAGUGAGAAAUGCGUAGAUGGAGGAAGAGUGAAGAGGAAUCUGGAGGUUACCCAGCAGGGUCUGCCACCACCAACCCCACCAUGCAUUGAUUUUGGCCUACCUGGUGUUCUGGGCAUUGCCUUUGGAGGGUUCUUGAUCGGAGUAUUGCUCAUUGGAGCACUGUGGUUUAUCAAAAUUAAAACAGGGUACCCAACUGGACUGGACAUUAGCUCAACUGCAGCAAAUCUUCCUGGAUGUCCCUGCUCAGGAGCAAAACGACAACCUGUUUCUACCAAUCCUUCCCCUUCUGAGAACAGCAGCGCCAACGCUAGCAUUGGAAGCACCCAGAGCACACCGACCAGCAGCAUGGCAUGAGAUUACAAUAGUCUCCACCACCAGCAUGGCCACCAUCUCCCUUCAAAGUCACCUAUAUGGGUUUUGUGCUUUUGUUUUUUUUUUUAUAAUUCUUAAAAAGCAUCUUUCCCUUCCCGGUCCCCUUCAAAUUUUCAUUUAAAGCACAACCCACGUCUCUGACACACCAAGCCUGAAAUGGAUGUGAUCUGGGAGUUUGUAAUGGUGGGUGGGGGUUCGGGGGCAUUGGGUGACAGAUAACAGAAGUCUAAUCAAUGGCUUCUGACGCUCAUCUCUGCAGCCUCUCUGUAAAGUCAAGCUCCUAGACAGGAAGUUAAAGAGGGCAAGAGAAAAAAAAAUUGGCUCCCAGCAACAGGAAAAACAAACCAUAUCCCCAAAGAGCUAACAGGAAAUUCACUGCAUUCCUUUCAAUGAAUUGUGCUUGUGUGAUGGCAGCACAAUAAUAGUUAGACAGGAGACAAACCGGUCAAAAGACUGACUUUGAACAGAUGAAAAGCUGUUUUGCAUUCACAUCUAAGCUAGAAAAAUACAAAUGGCUUUUGGCUAGGUCAGACCAAAAAGUUAUCAACAAUGCCUUGGGGUUAGAAAAGCUCAACAUUUUAGGAUCUCAAACCAGUCAAUGAAAUGCUCACCUUAAGGGGUAUUUGUCCUAAUUGGAGUUCGAGGUCAAUGAUUAACAGCUACCUCCUAUUAUUUUGAAGUCUGGAGCUAAGUUUAAACUUAACACUAGAUUUCUCUGGUGAAUUGAUCUUAUUUACUGCCUCUUUCAAUUUUUGUUUUAUUCUGUGUCACAAGGUAAAUCUUAUAUUUGACCUUCUGGGUCAUUUGUAGCUCCGUGGGCCAUUUUCAUGCUAUCCAAUAGCUAUAUCAGGGCCUUCAUAUUAAAGUCAAGUUUUUUUCCCCCCAGAGAAUUAUACUUGAUUUUGUAAUAACUCAACCAAAGCCAGCCUAAGUCAUAUUUAUGGCCCAAAGGUAGCAAUAUAUUAUCAACCAUUAAGAAAAAAGUACUUUCAUUUAUGUGAGCUCAGAAAUAAUCACUCUUGUUAUGUACAGUACAGCAUGUAGAGAUAAGUGGCUGUAUUCAGAGCUGAAUGAGGAGUUUGUACCAAAACUCUGCACAUCAGUUUUUAGACCUCAGACCUAAAUGUGGACUUAAGCGCCACUCAUACAGCUACGCCCACAGGGUGGAGUUUCCCCAAAAUAGUCUGUCUGGAGGUGGAAUUCCAGUACUUUUCCUUUGCACAAUGUCCAUUCUCACUAGAAUUUCUAAUAAGGCCAUCACCUCUGCCUGACAGUUUGUUGUAAUUAUACAUUUUCACCCUAGAUUUGAGGCCUGUGGCAACAAAUGUAUAGAUAAAGAACUUAAUACAUUAUGUUUUCAGGCCAGUUUAAUCAUCUCCCUAUUUACAUAGAGGUAGCUAUUUAUGGUGUAUUAAACAUUAAUCUUCUUAUUUGAAGAUCAAGAAAUUAAACAAGUAUGAACUGUCAAAUCUGCUUGCUCACACUCCAGUCUUUCUUAUUCAAAAUGUAGCUAGAAACUAAUGUCCUGCUCUAUGUUGUGAUGGGAAAUAAUGCACAUGUUAUGGCUCGCAAAUGCAUUCACAGAUUUCGCUUUGACAAGUAACUCUUUGUCAGACUUUUAUUAUGUGUGGGGGGAACUUCAGGUACAUACAAGAGGCUAAAAUAUUCUAUAAUGAAAUUCACAUUUAAUUAGUAUUUCUUACACAUGAGGAAAUUAAAUCUGUGAGAUUUAAGGCAAAUGUUUGUUUUAAACAAAUGGGCUGGAAAACCCAAUUUUCAGGUGAAAACUGGCAGAGUCAGAUGUCUGGUAAUUUUGAUAUAGCUAUAUAUCUAAACCCCAAAAAACUGAGUUAAACACCUUCAAGCUCCCCCCACCUUUCCAUAAUUUUGAACUUAAUCUUCCCAUAUAAUCACCAGCUCUGAAUACAGCCUAUUUAGGCGGCAUAGUAUAAUCAAUAGUAACAAUAUAAGUUGUCAGUUGUGUUUUAACCCCAUGAAAACUUCUUUCAAAAUCCAACUUUAGCAUUAUUUCCAGCUGUCACAGGACACACCUAAUGUUAUGGAAACUGUCAUUUGAGAGAGAUCUUGAGAGUCAAAAUCAUUAACUUCUGCUCUCUACAUUUGAUAGGCUGCAUCAGCCACCACAAUGCUAAUGCUAGACAGAAGCUGCAUAGAUGCAUUAUAGGGACUUUCAUGAGUGCUACAACUGUAGAGUGACGGUUGAUCCGUGAACCAACUGUUUGUUUUAAUGUACAAAAUGUAAAUGUAUUUUCAUAUUUUUAUCGCCACUCUUUUACCUCUUUAAAAAUAUUUCCACCACACAUCAAGUCUUAUGGGAUAAGUAAGCAAUUUGUAUCCACAGUACAUAGCUUUGACACAAGCACCAAAUGUGAUGUUUAAAUUUUUCUUUAUAUACAUUUGACACUCUGAUUUACUGUUACUGAUGCAUAUAUAUUCACACGCCCUGUAGUCACUCACAUUUUGAUUUGGAUUGUUAAAAUAAUUUAUUCACCUUCAAACCUAAUCUCAAAAAUUCCAUUUUCCAAAUGCAAUUGCAUUUGUAAAAUGUCUCCUCAUUAGUUAUGUUGCUUAUUGCAUGUAUGUUUUUCUGUGCUUUCCUGAUUUUCUUUGUGUAUUUGUGUAGCGACAGAGAACAAAGAGGGCCAGUACAAAUUGCCACUUGAGUAUUUGUGCAAUAUGAUGAGGGAAACGUGUAUUUAAUGUCUAUAUAUUGUUUUUUUUAACCAUUUGGAAAAAAAAAAAAAAAAAAAGUUUUGUAUGAUAUGCUUACUUUGAACCAUUUCCUUAACCUGGUUUGUUCUUUUACAUAUUUGGAGAACUGGGAUGAUUAAUAAUCAAGGCACUUGUCAAAUGCAUAAGAUUUGUUUUGUAUAGUAAUAGUUUUUUAUUCUCAUAUAGAUUCAUUUUCGAUUAGAUCGAAGCUAGGGACAGUGUGUGUCACAUCACAUGUCAAAGACAUGUACAUUUGGUUUGUUGGUUUUCCCCUUGUUUGACUUUUGCCCUAACCCAGAGAUCCACCCUGCUGCCCAAAAACACGGCAUAGCUCUGCUGAUACUGACAUCUGACAUUGUAUUGUCUGAAUGUCUCACCACAGAGAAGACUUCCAGUGAAAUAUAUAGCACUCAUGAACUUGUCGUUUGCAGGAAACAUUCAAACUUAAACAGUAACAAUGCGGCGGUUUGUGAGAACUUUUUUCAUUUCAAUUUAGGAAAUGGCUACAGUAUUAGAUUUUUUUUUUAAACGUCAGGUAUUCUGUUCUUUUGUUAAGCCCCGGUGAGUACCAGGUUCUGUCUGAGCACUGACAGGAAAAUAAGACAGGCUGUCAGUUAAUUCACUUGUUAACCCUGAACAUCCCUUCGUUACCUCUGACAACAACUUCCUCCUCCUCCUCAGACACUGUCUACACAGUUAACGGAAUAUGUGUGUGUAUGUGUGUGUGUGUGUGCAUUUGUGUGCAGAUGUACAAUAGAAACUAUGCCUACAUUUAUGUGAGCAGAUUCUUCUUCCAGUGUCUUAACAAUGUCAAAAUUCAGAAUUUUUACCAAAAGAAUCUGAAGCCUUAACAACAUGUCAGAAUGUGUGCUUUGAUAAAGUAUAAAAUGCAGUGUUAUUUUUUGUGCUCGAGUGGGCAGCCUUUUAUCAUUUAAAAGUGGAUCUAUUUGUUGAGACAGUACUCAUCUGAUGUCAUGUAAUUCUAUGUUGUCUCUGAAGAUAUAUGUCUUGUCUGAAAUUAUCUUAAUAAAGUCAAUAUGACAAACA